UUCGUCGCGAUUCGUGAUGUAAAAACAUGAUCCGAGUUUUAGCUUUUCUUGUGCUUCAAUAUACGUUGUGCUUGACAAUUCGAGUACCAGUUGAGUGGAAUGAUAACAGUGAAGUGCAAAAAGAUCAGUUAAAAAACCAAAAUGAUUUACCAGUUGAGACACCUACACCAAAAGUGGCGCAGCAAAUUGCACAGAAACCUAUCCCUAAAGAGUACUUCGAGUACACAGCGAAAAAACCUCAAUUUGCUGUUGAUGUUGCCAAUUUCCAUGGUGUGAAAUCUCCGGAAAACCAUUUCAAGGCCCACCCUGUUAGACCACAUACGGGUGUCAACAAACCUGAGCUCGGAAAGCAUAAAAUUUUCGAUCCCAGAAAACAAAUACAUGCGCCAUUCCAACAAUUCCUAAACAACAAUAAACAUCUUAGCCACGUAACACCAGUUUCAACUAAAUAUAAUGUAUUCCAUCCAUACAAAGCGGAGGAACCGGCGUUAAAAAUAAUUUAUCAAGAUCCUUUUCUUUCAAAAGUACAAAAUGACGUGAGGGCAACUAAAAAUCGAUUGCAGUUAUACGAAAAUAGUGCUGGCGAAUCUGAUAUCAAAAAGAGUGAAAAUUUAGAAAGUCUACAUGAAACGGACCGCAAAAAAAGUCCUCCCCAAAACAAGCCAACCCAGUUUGAAAUACAUAGACCACAACGGCGACCUAUAUACUAUAUGCCACCAAUAACAAACAACAAGCGAGAUAAUAUUUUAAAUAAUAAAAUAAGACAUCCUUGGGGACAAAGUUAUGGUAAAGUUACUCCAAAUCACUAUCGUCCAAUAAAAAAUCAUUUGCAGAAUGUUAGGCAACAACACGCUUUAAAAUAUGAUGAUGAACACAAUGAAUAUCCCCAGUUACGACCUGCCGAAUUACAUGAAGAAAAGCCUGAUGGAUAUGACAUUUAUAAAAAAGGCAAGGAAAAAUUUUCGCAGUUAAGAAAUAAUGUUGAUGAAACCAUUAACAAAGCAGUUAACGAAAAUCGUCCUAGUAAACAUCAAACCUUAGAAUUACAAAGUACUAGUAAUGAAAAUGAAAAUGAUGAUGAUGAAGUAGAGUUUUCCCCCGUUAAGAAUUAUGCGCAAGUAAGAAAAAUUGAAACAGUUAAACAUGUUCCUCGAGACGCGGCAUUUCUAGAUGCCGAAACGUAUGAAGAUAUAUUAAAUGCACCUCGUCUUAGAGAAGCAGUAAAAAGUUCCAAAGCUCACACCAUUUAUUCAGAAGAGGGUUAUGAAGAUGCUGCUUAUGAUCAUGCCGGAGAACAAAAACAUGCAUCUGAUCUCGAAGGUCACGGAGGUUACCUUAAGGAAAAUGAGGCAAGUGAAGGAAAAUAUAAAAUACCAAGCUUUAGUGGAAAAUACGAAGAUGGAAAAGGGACUUCAUAUGGAGAUAGUAUAAUACAUGGAGAAAAAUGGAAAAAUAAUGAGAAAGAAAAAGAGGAAUUAAAGGAAGAGAAUGAUUAUUCUGAGAAUGAUAGUGAUUAUUUUAUUGAAAAUGAUGAACAAAGCAAACGAUUGACUGAAAGAAACUCUCCCGAAAGUGAACAUUUUCAAGGCGCAAAUUCCCAACAUGACUUAAGUAAAAGAGAAACAAAUUUUGAGGUACCUGAAAUAAAUUUAAGUUCAACUUUUUUAACUGAGGAAGAACUGCGAAAAACAUCUGAAAAUAAAACUCAAGUAGGUAAACUUGAACAUAAAUCAACCAAGUAUCCAUAUUACCAUCAAAAUUUAGAAGUGAUUAAUAAAGAUUCGCCUUUAAGAUACGCUGAAAAUUUUAAGAAUAUCCCAAAAAAGACUAAAGGAGGAACUGAGUUUUAUGAUUCCCGGAAGCAAUACGAAUGUCCUGAAGUGGAUGACAAUGUUGAUCCAGUUCCAGAAAAAUUAAAAAAGGGUGGUCAUCCUGACGACAACAAUGAAGAUGACGAUGACCAAAGCUUUAACGAAAGCGACAAGAAACCACGUUUGAAAGGUCUUGGUGACAAAAUUGAUUGUUUUAAAGUGAAAUAUUUCGGAGAAAAUCCUCUAGAUAGCCCAUUUUUUGAGGAAGAACUUAUUUCUGAUCCAGAACCAAUUAUGGCACCAAUUUCAAACAUAUUUAAAUUCUACAAUGAACAAAACAAUCCGUUAGUACUCGCGAGUAAAACUGACAGCGGGAUGAAUCAAGAUGAGGUAAAAAAUAACGACACAAAAGUUAACGAUACAUUAGCACAAAAACUUUUACUUAAUAUUUUGAAAUCCGAGGGAAUGAACGUUAAUGACGCCAAAGAUAAUAAUCAAAAUGAAAUGAAAAGAGAAGAACUAGCAAGAAAAAAAAGAGCAACUCCUUUUAUUUACGAACCGUACAAAAUAAUAAGAGACAGUCAAAUACAGGACUCUAAGAAAACAACUACGUCAAGUAAUAUAAGUCCGUUAAUCAAACAAUUGCAGUCUAGUAGAGUGGCUGACAGAGUUACAACAAAUUUAAAUAAAGAUCAACCGGUUAAAAGAAAUACUGUAAACCUUUCUUAUAAAAACAUAAGCAAAAAAGAUAGAGAAAAAAGACAAAAAACACCUGAAAAAGAAACAUCAAAUUCAACAUUUGUCGAUGUUAAUGAAGGUUUGCGACAGGGUGAACCUCGAUUUGAACAAAGACCAAUAAAUCACAAACCUCAGUAUACGCCUAUAGAAAUAAAAAGAUCGAUGUCUCCUGAGGCCUAUAAAAAUCAUACAAUCGACGCUGGCAAGGAAGAAAAAUCUAAAAGUCAAGUAAAGCGUAUCGAAAGAGGACAUAAUAACGAGAAUGAAAAUUCAAAUAGAGAAUUUUUUGAUGUAUCCAAAUAUUUGCCAGAAUCGCUUGAGUUACAAAAACCUGAAUCAUCCAACAGAGUCAAGAAAAUUAGGGAAUUCUCUGACCGUAAACCAGAAACUCCAGAAGCGGAUGUGCUACCUGAAUCAGAAGAAAGUAAAGAAAGUGAUGAGUAUGAUGAAUAUGAUGAUGACGAAGAUGAAGAGAUAGUUCUUACAACAACCUCAACCACAACCACAUCAAAACCAACGAUUAGAAAGAGAAUUCGAAUACUAACUACUACAAGCACACCUCGUACUGAAGAAAUAGUAGAUCAACAGGUACCUAAAUUGCAAUUAACUACACGAUUCCGCAAUACUAUAGAUAAAGGAAUUCACGAGGGUGAAGUCUCAAGGCCAAUCAACAAAAAAUUGAUCGAUGAAGAUGACAUAAUUAUUCCUAAAUAUAGAGAAAAGAAAAGAAAAAGUGCUAAAAGCACUUUUGUAACAGAUACAAAAAGCUAUGAUCAAGGAAACGAUGACAUGAGAAAAGAAGACAUUGACGAAUUAAUCGGCAUUAAGCACGAUAUGGAAGAAUAUAUUCCUGAUUACGAAAAAGAAAAGGAGACAAAACAGAAAUUGAACAGAAAAACAAAAUAUGAAAACGACUUUGAAAAUGAUGAUGAUGAUGAUGAUGAUGAUGACGAUGACAGUGGCGAAGACGAUGAAGAUGCUGACAGAAAUGAUAACUAUGAUUCCGCUGAUAUCGAGGAUAGUGAUGAAAGUACAGAAGAAGACAUUAAAGUUACUACGCCUGAGCCAACUAAACAAACGCUGAUUCAAACAACGGUAGCUCCUGAAACUACGACAGCAGUUCGAAGGCUGAAAAUAGAUCUGAAACCAGUCAUAUCAAAGAAAAAAAUUGAAAUACAUAAAGAUCUUCCAGAUAAUAACAACUUAACUCAAUUCAAGCAAGAUAUUAAGGAAAUAGAAGUAAUCAAAGAAAUACCUAGGAAAACAGAAAAAAAUGCAGAAAUUCUACAAUUAUACAAAGAUGAAAAUUUGGCCCGAGAAGUUAACAAAAUAUUUGAUGUGGAAAUAUUCGACGAUGAUGUUGAUCUCAAAAAUGGUCCACGACACGGAGGCAAUUACAGAAGUAUAGAAUCUGUAGAAUCAGAAAAUUCACCAAUUACCGCGACAGAAGAAAAAAAUAAUAGAGAACCCUUAAAUAAUUCUACAAAGGUUUCUCCAUCUGUGGAAAAUGAAACUACAAAACAAACCAAACGUAUUCAAGAGAGAAGAAGCCAGCACGAUAAUGUAAGAACGAGAAGUACUACUCAACGAUCAAGACGAAGUCGUGGUCCAAAUCCGAGAUUAAAGGAUCUUAACAAUGCCCCGAAUACGUUAUCUGGUUCAACGGUGCACGGCGGUAAUUUAAAAUUAAGUAAUGGGGAAAAUAGAAGUAACCAAAAUAAAAAGAGCGAAAAACUUAUAGAAUUAAAUGAAGAUCAUGAUGAACAUAAUGGAGAUGAUAGUGGAAAUAUGCACGGCGGGAACUUUAAAUCUUAUGGUAACUCCAGAAAUAGCGGAAGAGAUUUGCAUGGAGGCAAUUAUAGAAGUGCAAAAAUCAUUCAAGCUGAUGAACGUAAUAGACCUUCGCAUGAAAGAAAGGAAAGUAAAGGUGAUAGUUCCAAACAUAUGAGAACAAAUUCAGUAGCAGUACUGGAUACCUUUGCACGUGUUAUUCCAACAUUAACCACCACUGCACCAUAUAUUUUAGAUCCUAGUAAAAGAAUGUAUUAUUAUGUCGAUACGUAA